UAUAUACAUACAAAUUUUCUCCGUAAAUUACUGAUCAUGAAAAUUCAAUUUUCGAAUAACUCCAAUUCAAUGCAGCGCCGUUUCCAUUUUCCGUAGCUCUACAUUUCAUCGCAUCAAAAGUAAUGAAUUCUGGUUCGUUCGUUUUUGUGGUGUUUGGAAUAAGAAAAUGAUUCUCUCAGUUAACAGAGCCGUUUGAUGUUUGGAGACAGCAACUUGGAGGAGGAGGAGUUUUUUGAGGGAAAUUCUUUAAUCAGAUGUUGAAUAAGAAUGGCAACCAUAAGAGCUCCAGCAACUAAGAAAACUACAACUCUUACUGUGGCUGUUAAAUGUAGGCCAUUAACUGAGAGAGAACGCGGCCGAAAUAUAGUAAGAGUGCACGAUGACAAGGAAAUACUUUUACUGGAUCCUGAUCUUUCAAAAGACUACCUAGAUCGUGUACAAAAUCGUAGCAAGGAGAGGAGAUACACUUUUGAUUAUGCAUUUGGCCCUGACUAUUCCAAUUCGUGUUCAAUACUCUUAAUAGAUAAAACAGAGGUGGUCGAUGCAAUUAUAAGUUGUACUGUAUUGUAUCCACAAGAUCUGCCAUGUUGGUGGUCAUCACUUUGCCUCAUCAUUGUUUUGGUGUUUCAUAUUCUUGAAACUCAGAAUUUAGUGAUGAAUACAGAUGGUGUCUAUGAAAGAAGUGUACGAUCCACAAUUGUUGGGGUUGUCCAAGGUCUCAAUGCCACUGUAUUUGCUUAUGGUUCCACUGGGAGCGGCAAGACAUAUACCAUGGUUGGAACUCAAGAUGACCCUGGACUAAUGGUUCUAAGCUUAAAUACAAUAUUUGAUCUUAUUGAGAAAGAAAAUCGCUCUGAUGACUUUGAAGUUACAUGCUCAUACCUUGAAGUCUACAAUGAGGUCAUUUACGACUUGCUCGAAAAAUCAUCAGGUCAUCUGGAACUAAGGGAAAAUCCAGAACAAGGAAUACUUGUUGCUGGCCUAAGAAGAAUCAAGGUGAAUUCAGCUGACAGGAUUCUUGAACUAUUGAACUUGGGGAACAGUAGGCGAAAAACUGAAAGUACAGAGGUUAAUGAAACUUCCUCACGCUCACAUGCAGUUUUGGAGAUAAGUGUAACAAGAAAACGACAUAAACAAUAUCCCAAGCAGAUUAUCAGAGGAAAACUUGCACUUGUCGAUCUUGCUGGCAGUGAACGAGCAUCUGAAACAAAUAAUGCUGGCCAAAAAUUGAGAGAUGGUGCCAAUAUAAACAGAUCACUUCUUGCUUUGGCGAACUGCAUAAAUGCUUUGGGCAAGCAGCAGAAGAAGGGUCUUGCGUAUGUGCCAUAUCGGAAUAGCAAGUUGACGCGGAUUCUUAAAGAUGGUUUGAGUGGCAAUUCUCAGACAAUAAUGGUUGCUACCAUCUCACCAGCUGAUAAUCAGUAUCACCAUACAGUCAAUACUUUGAAGUAUGCUGACCGGGCAAAGGAAAUAAAGACACAUAUUCAGAAGAAUAUUGGCACCGUCAAUGCUCCUGUAUCAGACUACCAGAAGAUCAUCGACAAUCUUCAGAAUGAGGUUGGCCGCUUGAGAAAGGAAUUAGCAGAGAAGGAGUCACAACUUAAUUCUAAGCAUACUGAGAGAUCACCGGAUGAUGAAUUAUCUUGGUUAAACUCAUUGAGCCAAGAAACUAGUGAAAAUGUGCUGGAGAGGAUAAAUUUACAGAAGGCUUUAAUCGAACUUGAAGAAACUAACCUUUGUAACCGAAAGGAACUCCAACAUCUUGAUGAUGCUAUUGCAAAACAGCAGGUUAUUGAAAAUGACGGAGCUGUAGUGCAGGCUUUGCAAGCAAGACGUCAAAUGAUUCUCGAUAACAUUCGUGAUAAUGAUGAGCUUGGUGUUGGCUACCAGAAGGAAAUUGAAGCUAAUGAGCAGUGCCGGUUGCAACUACAGGAUAUGAUUGAUGAAGCCAUUAGGAAUAACGGCAACAAAACAUACUUAAGCAUCUUGAGCCAGUACCGACUGCUGGGAAUAAGUAACACCGAACUCCAAUUCGAAAUCGCAAUAAGGGACCAAAUUAUAAACAGCCAAAGAGAAGCACAGAGAAACUUAUGGAAGCUGCUCACAAGCUUGGGGCUCAAUGAGAAGCAGAUUGUCGAGCUUGGAGCAAAGCAAGGAAUCACAGUUGAAGACUUUCAGAUGACACCACCAGCAGAUGUGCUGUCAAAUAUGAAGUAUGAAGGAAACACUCCCUUACACUGUACCACAUUACCUUGCUUCUUUCCUCAAGACCGGGAAUUGAGUUCGAGAUGCUUUCCCCAUGCAUUUUUCAGAGAGGAGCUCCAUGCUUCGUAUUAUUAUGUCCAUCAUGGGUCAUCUCCUCCAGGCAAUCAGCAGUGGCAGUCAGGCUCUUGUUUGUGUCCGUAUGACGAGAGUGUUGUUUCGGCUUCAUCUAAUGGGAGCAGCUGCCGGGCACGACAGCAGGAUGCAUGGGCCGUAACUAAUAGGACAGACAUAAACAUGAACUCUUACGUCGGAACGAGUACCAUGUGGGACCCGUGUAAAGGUAACCCAAUGCAUCAUGGUGGGAUUGGUGAAGCUAAUUUUGGACAUCUUUCUGUGAAACAAGAUUCGAACAAGGUUAAUCCUGAGCAUGGUUUCCCAAAAGCUCUAAAUUCUUCAUGCUCCAGUAUCCCAAGUAUACUUCCUUCUCAUGUAACUCCCAAGUUCAAAGGAGAGCAGUUUUAGUGCGAUCAUAGACUUGUUACAAUACAAAGUCACCCGAUUCAUGUUGAACUUUGUUUUUCUUUUAAUUUUUCUCUUUUCCGUUUCUUCUAAUACCCGUCGCCCAACAACGUUGCGCAUGUGUUGCCCGUCGUCACCGGGGAUGCCGCGCCCUCGGUGUGAUUCUCGCCGCGUGGCAUGACGUUUGCGAGAAGCUCGCGUGUCGACUUGUGAGCCCAGCAUGUCCGCUCGUUUGCAGCCUGCUUGCCUGCAUCUGCAGGGUCUGCUGCCAGCCUGCCGCGGGCUGCGCCAGACCAACGGUUAUUGCCAGCGGUUGUGCGUGGCUUUAGCUAGCCUACUACCGUCGCCUGUCUAUCGUCGGCCUUUCGCUCCCAGAAGUUGAACGACACAUUGUGGCAUGUCGUCGGUCAUCGUGGGCUGAUCGCCUAUGGCUAAUUCUAGUCUUCGGGAAUUUAUAUAUAUAUAUAUAUAUAGAGAG